GGCGGCGGCGGCAGAAGGAUGGCAUCAGAGCUGGCAAUGAGCAGCUCCGACCUGCCCACCAGUCCCCUGGCCAUGGAAUAUGUUAAUGACUUCGAUCUGAUGAAGUUUGAAGUGAAAAAGGAGCCGGUGGAGACGGACCGCAUCAUCAGCCAGUGCGGCCGCCUCAUCGCCGGGGGCUCGCUGUCCUCCACGCCGAUGAGCACGCCCUGCAGCUCCGUGCCCCCGUCGCCCAGCUUCUCGGCGCCCAGCCCGGGCUCGGGGAGCGACCAGAAGACUCACCUGGAAGACUACUACUGGAUGACCGGCUACCCGCAGCAGCUCAAUCCGGAGGCGCUGGGCUUCAGCCCCGAGGACGCGGUCGAAGCGCUCAUCAGCAGCAGCCACCAGCUCCAGGGCGGCUUCGAUGGCUACGCCCGGGGCCAGCCGCUGCCCGGCUCCGGGGGCUCCCUGGGCGCCGAGGAGGUGGGCUCGUCCGCCGCCGCCGUGGUGUCGGCCGUGAUCGCGGCAGCCGCGGCGCAGAGCGGAGCGCCACACUACCACCACCAUCACCACCACCCCGGGGGCCACCACCACCCGCCGGGCGCCGUGCCCCCCACAGCCUCCGCCGCCUCCGCUGCAGCCGCAGCCGCCGCCGCAGCGGCCGCGGCCGCCGCGGCCGCCUCGGGCCCCGGCUCGUCCAGCUCCAGCUCCAGCUCGUCCAGCUCCAGCUCGUCCGGAGGCGGCGGCAACGGCGGGGGCGGCGGCGGCGGCGGCUCGGCUGCGGGGGCCGGCGCCUUGCACCCUCACUCGCACCCGCACCCGCACCCGCACGGCAGCCUGCACUUCGACGACCGCUUCUCCGACGAGCAGCUGGUCACCAUGUCAGUGCGGGAGCUCAACCGACAGCUCCGGGGGGUCAGCAAGGAGGAGGUGAUCCGGCUGAAACAGAAGAGGAGGACCCUUAAAAACAGAGGCUAUGCCCAGUCGUGCCGCUUCAAGAGGGUCCAGCAGAGGCACGUCCUGGAGUCCGAGAAGAAUCAACUCCUGCAGCAAGUUGAGCACCUCAAACAGGAGAUCUCCAGGCUGGUCCGGGAGCGGGACGCCUACAAAGAGAAAUACGAGAAAUUGGUCAGCAGUGGCUUCCGAGAAAACGGCUCGAGCAGCGACAACCCGUCGUCUCCAGAGUUUUUCAUGUAUCCAAGAGACUCCUCCACAUCAGUGAUGUGAGAAUUCCUGUUGCCGAAGUCCAAAAGAAGAUGUGAUGCUGGGAUGCUGAUGGCGUGAGACAACUUUCAGGCAAGAAAAUAGCCACAAAGCACAAAAAAAAAAAA